UCUUUCAUUCCUCAAAACAAAGCAGAUUUCUGUUGAAGAUCAGUACUCGUGAUCUCGCAUCUGCCACCACACGAUCAAGUAUUCAGUAUUUGUCGUGUUCUUUCUGUUCAGUGAUACCCACAUCUUUUUUUGAUACCCCAAAUUUCUCUUUUCACCUAAUUCACAAUGGCCGACGUCCAGAAGCCCGUUCAGGUCCCUGAGACCACCCCGGCCAUCACUGCUGAGCCCGUUGUCCCCGAGGCUACUGCUGUUGAGCCUACUGCCGCAGCUGAGACUCCCGCUGUCACUGAGGCCAAGACCGAGGAGACUCCUGUUGCCGACGCCGCCGCUCCCGCUGAGGAGGCCAAGAAGGAGGUCAUCCCUAUCGAGAAGGGUCGUCUUGACCACAAGGCUUCCCCUGCCAGCUUCCCCAAGAACUUGAUCUUCAGUAGCCAGGAAUUCUGGUUCGGUUCUGAGCCCGUUGCCUCGGAGAAGCUUACACACUACAUUCAGUCCGAGAAGGCUACUGAUGUUGCCCACCACGUCGCCGCUUGGGCAGCUGAGACCGGCAAGGGCCUGCUAUUCUACGGAAAGGAGUCUAGCAACCCUACUGGUGUCAUCCAGCUCGCUGAGGCAAGCGAGCCUACCACCGAUGGCCACCAGAAGUUCACCGUUGUCACCAAGGGUCACAAGCACGUCUUCAAGGCUGCCAACUCUGCCGACCGUGACAACUGGGUCGAACAAUUGAAGCUCAAGAUCGCUGAGGCCAAGGAGCUUGCUACUACCGUUACCGAGUCUGAGUCAUAUAAGAAGACUCUCGAGACCUUGAAGCCCACUCCUGCUGCCAAGAAGGAGGAGAAGCCUGUUGUUGCCGCUGAGACCCCUGCUGCCCCUGCUACUGAGGAGGCAGCUGCUCCUGCUGUCGAGGCUCCCAAGGAGGAGGCUAAGGAGGAGCCCAAGCGUCGCUCUGCUAGCCGCAAGCGAACCAGCAUCUUCGGCAGCCUUCUGAACAAGAAGGAGGAGGUCAAGGAAAAGAAGGAGGAGAAGAAGGAGGACAAGGCUGCCGAAGAGACUCCCGCUGUCACUGAGCCCGCUGUCGCUGAGCCCGCUCCCGUCACCGAGGCCGCUGUCGCCCCUGUGGCUGAGGCACCCGUUGAGAGCACAGAGACUGCUCCCGUCGCUGCUGAGGAGAAGGCUACCGAGGCACCUAAGGAGAAGCCUGUCCCCACCAAGCGUGCCAGUCUUUUCGGCAGCUUGUCCUUCGGCAAGAAGCGCGCUGAGCCUGAAGCUGCUGCCGCGCCUGUCAAGGAGACCGCUCCCGCCUCGGAGGUCGCCCCCGUCACCGACAACGCCCCCGUCAUCCCCGCUGUAGAGACUACGGAGCCCCUUUCUGCCGAGGUUGCCUCGCCCGCUACCGUUCCUACUGAGACUACCGAGGUCGCUCCUGCUACCAACGGUGAGACCAAGAAGGAGGUUAAGAGCGAGAAGCGCAAGUCUAGCAUGCCUUUCGCUUUUGGCAAGAAGGAGAAGUCUGCUUCUUCGGACGAGGAGACUGAGAAGAAGUCCUCUCCUUUCUCCAAGCUCCGCCAGACUAUCAAGGGUAAGGGCAAGACCGAGAAGGCCGCCGCCGCACCUGUUGAGGAGACUCCUGUUGUCCCCGAGACUGCUGAGGCCCCCGUCGAGCCUGUAGCCGAGACUGAGGCCGCCCCUGCCGUCGAGGCUCCCGUUGCCGAGGAAGCCACUGCUGAGAAGCCUGCCGCCACCCCUGCUGUCGCCGCCACUGCAUAGAGUGUUACGCGAGCAAUGCACCGCAUCUGGGGUAGAGAUUCGCCCAACAGCUAUCGUACCCUGUUGUAGUCGCGGUUUCCUAUUUUACGAAACGGAUUUGCAUUUCCAUGAUACCCAGUCAUCUUUUGGUGGAGGAAGUUGCGAUACACACGACUUUGGUUUUUUUUUGUUAUGCAUCGUCAGUGCCUUUCCUUUGCUGAUACCCAGUAUACUAAGCGCGAUACCAAAAUUUCAUAAAAUCAUGAGGGAAGGAGCAGCAUAUGGGGGUAUGUUUAGAAUGGAAGUCAAUUCCUCGCCACUUAGGGCAAGAGCGUAGUGUCUUCGUACCAUUCAUGUAAUAGCUAAUAAACACACUGAGAUAGUAUUUAUGUC